UACAACUAAGUCAUUUCUAUCGCCUCUAAAAUCUAUAAGCUUGUGAUUUUGGUGUGAACGAUGUCAAAAUUUCAGAGCAAUUUCAAUCAGAAGAUAGAUUAUGUGUUCAAGGUAGUCUUGAUCGGCGACUCUGCUGUUGGUAAAUCUCAGCUUCUCGCUAGGUUUUCAAGAAACGAGUUCAGUAUCGAAUCUAAAGCAACGAUCGGUGUCGAGUUUCAGACAAGAACACUUGAAAUCGAUCGUAAAACUAUCAAAGCUCAGAUAUGGGACACUGCUGGUCAAGAACGGUAUCGAGCGGUGACGAGUGCAUACUACAGAGGAGCAGUAGGGGCAAUGUUAGUUUACGAUAUAACAAAACGACAGUCGUUUGAUCAUGUAGCGAGAUGGUUAGAAGAAUUGAGAGGACAUGCUGACAAAAACAUUGUGAUUAUGCUAAUAGGAAACAAAACUGAUCUCGGGACACUUCGAGCUGUACCAACCGAGGAUGCUAAAGAAUUUGCUCAAAGAGAAAAUCUGUUUUUCAUGGAGACAUCAGCCUUGGAUUCAAACAAUGUUGAGCCUUCGUUCCUCACGGUUUUGACGGAAAUAUAUCGAAUUGUGAGUAAAAAGAAUCUUGUUGCUAAUGAGGAAGGAGAAUCUGGAGGAGACUCUUCUCUUUUGCAAGGAACUAAGAUUGUUGUUGCUGGAGAAGAGACUGAAUCUAAAGGAAAAGGUUGUUGUGGAACAUCAUAGACUUUUUUUCAUGAUCUUUUCUCUUUUUUUUUUUGUUACUACCAUUUCUUGUGAUCAUAUUUCUCUUUCUCUUUGACUGCAUAAAUAAUGUGUCUACUUUGUAUGUAAGAACAGAUGAUAGAGUUGAUGAGUUGAACACUGCAUACUAAAUUGAGUUUGUGUUUAUUCAUGAUACACAGACAACUUAUUUCCA